UUCCAUAAGCCACGGCGAACGCUGGACAGCAAUGAGCCCCAUGGGCUUUGAGGACAAGAUUUUUUUUAAAGAUUUAGAUAAAUCAUCAUUAAUAUUUAUCUCUCGACUUAGGGUUAAUAAGUAAAGCUGAAAGCAGAUUAUUCCUAUCAAACAACCAUAAACGUUGUUUAUAUUUUCGAUGGUCUCGUUCCUGCUGCAAUUCGAGACUGGGUCCUAAUUAGCGAGAAAACGUAGCGAUGUCAAGAUGCUUGCUACUUAAAGGCUGAAUCCCCAUCUCAAUCCAUGGUCCUCUAAUUGCUUACUUCCGGUUGUGUACUUAGGUAUGACCGUACUUUGAUGUCUUUUUUACUGAAGUUGAAAUCUGCGGUAUAAAUAUGAAAAUCCCGUACAUUGGAAUUAUUCUAACUUUUUACCUUGUAACCGAAAUUUCGGAAGGAGCAGGACGGUAUAAUUGCAAAACGCCAAAACUUGAAAAUGGUUCAGCUAGGAUACGAAGUAAAGGUCGCCUUGUUAGAUAUCGCUGUAAGAGACGGUACAAACUUUUUGGGGCGAAAGUGGCAGUCUGCAGAAACGAAGAAUGGAAUUUCCCCACGCCAGUCUGCGUUGCAAAUGGUAGAAAAUGUCCAAAAUUAAAGAAAACUAAAGAUAUGAUAAUAGAAUCAAAGCUAAGGAAUGGACUUUUGAAGUAUUCCUGCAAGUCUGGCUUGACAUUAAUUGGAAACAGUACUUUGUAUUGUGACGGGUCUAAGUGGAGCAGUGAAGUACCACAAUGCAUAUAUGUGGAACCAAAGAAGUCUUGUGAUUUUGAGACGGCUGAUUUGUGUGAUUGGGAACAGAAUGAUUCGGACACUCCAUAUUUUGACUGGACACGAACUACAGCUGCUCAGAUAAGACACUCUACUGGGACCGGACCCAGCUCAGAUCAUACGUACCCAGACAAAGAAACAGGUCACUAUCUAUUUAUGGAGGCCUCUAGGCCUAGAAGGCCGGGGGAUUACACUACGCUGUUGUCACCCUACUACAAUCCGGUGGAAGCUGGUCUCUGCUUUGAAUUCUGGUAUCACAUGCUUGGACGAGACAGAGAAGGGGAUGUAGGCUCAUUGAAAGUUGGAAUAAAAGAUGCUGAUGCCAACUCUUCUAAUCUAGACCCCGUGUGGAGUAUGUCUGGUAACCAAGGCGAUACCUGGCACAAAGGGUCUCUAGAAAUCGGAGCAAGGACCUCCCGCUUCCAGAUUAUAAUUACCGGAACUCGUGGCGAUGACCAUCGCGGAGACAUUGCAAUCGAUGACGUUUCCAUCACCAACUGCACACAUGAUUCAACUACAACUGAAUUAACUGCAACUUCAACUUCUUAUAUCGAUACGACUCUAGCAUCCCAAAACGUUACAACAAAUAAAGCUCAACAACCAAUAAGCGUAACACAAGAGACCAGUUCAGUACAAGCAACAGAUAAAACACAUGACGCAAAUACAGUGGAAACUACAACAGAUAUGACUUCAACGAAGUUAACAAUACGUCAUACAACUAAGAGUCACGUGACUUCUAAUGUGGCUAGUGUGACAAAAGAACCUGACAUUAAUACGAGUAUCAAGUCAGAUCAAACAAACAUAACUAAAGAUAUAACAGUUAUCCCUGAAGAUGGGACAUCUAUUUCAGUCACAGCAGAAACUAAAACUAUUAAUAUGAAGACGUCAGAGCCGGGUAUCAAACCAAUAACCAAUGUAGAAACAUCGACCGCAAAAUCAUUCGUAACCACAGAGUAUAAAACAAAACCAGCAGAUAAGCAAUCAAAAGCACAACAAAUCACUCUUACCACUACAGGAUAUCAAACAAAAGUACAAACUACCAACGGCUCAAGAAAUCCAACAACCAACACCGUCUCCACAUCAACCUUAAGCUCUGCUAAGAAACCAACAAAAACCAGGACAAGUACAAUCAAGUCAACUGCUACUGCUACGUCAUCGGCAUCCUUUACUGAAAAGCCAACAAAAAUCUCAACACUGAAAUCAGAUACAACUAGCGUUACAUCAGCAUCGAGAUCAACCACAAAAUCAGCAAAAACAAAUACAACAACACCGCGUACUACCAAACAAUUAACUACUACAUCCACCUUAACAUCGCAGUCAAGAACAACUACAAAGCCUACAGAAAAGACGAAAACAACAAAAAAAUUAAGAACAACAACCACCACGUUACUGGUAAGAUCGACAACAAAACCGACAAAAAUUUCGACAACUUUACGAGCGUCUACCAAAAAAUCAACCACAACUGCUGCCACAUCUCCACCCAGCUCAACCAAACAAUCAGUGUCUACGACAGCGUUUAGAUCAACAAGACUGACCACCACUCAAAUGAUAAUGACCAGACCAACAACAGAAUCUUCAACAAGAAAAGCGACAACAAAAACACGUUUUAAAACAACUAAACCCGCUCUGCAAACUACGUCAACCACAAUAACAGCCCGGCCUUCUGCUCCUAGUACAAAGUCCUAUCAAACAACAUUACGAAAUUUUGAUUUUUAUAAUAAUACCAUAAAUGAAGACGUAUAUGUAAUUACAACACUUUCGACAAAUGACACAGAUAUUCCUAAUAUAAUAGUAGUCGGACGACAAUCCGCCUCUGAUGAUCCGCCCGUCCGUACUCUUUUGAUCGGACUAGCAGCAGGGGUGGCCGUAGGACUUGUGAUUGUUGUUGUAGGGUGUUAUCUGUGGAUUCGAAGGAAGCGCAGGAAGGAUCUAGAAUGUGAUGAAAUGAUGCCCAUCACAGGAACAGGCUCUCAAGAAUGGUAAAUGAUCUCAAUUUUAAUAAACUGGAAAGAAACUGACCCCAAUAGAUUUUUUUUUUCAAUUUAACUAAAGGAAACGGUUUAUUAAUUUUUUUCUCAAUUCUUAAUUCUGGAGGCGUUUAACAUCGACCAAGGAAAGUGCGCUGUGUGUUAAUUUCAACAAUGAUCUGAUUUUUUAACAUUCGACGUGUGAUUUUCAAAGUAAUGUUCAAGUACUAGUACUUAGACUUAUUGUGUUAAUGUAAAAUAGAUGGCGUAAAACAUACGUUUUUCUUUCAAUGGAUAAUAUUAAAUGUUGUUCUUUUAACUUUCUUCAUUUUGAAUGAUAUACAUGUAUAACUAAAUGUGUUUAUUUGCUGUAGAUAAAUUAUGAUUUAAUGA